UCACUCCUCCAUCCGCCAUGCUCUCUCUUUCUUUUGUCAUCUUUUCUACUCUUUUUUCUUUUUUUCCCACUUCACUUCACUUCACUUGCCCCCAAAAGAAGCCUGUUCUCUCACUCACUCUCAAACUUCUCCCCCCCUCUCUUCUUUUCUCUUUCCUUUUCUACUAGUACUAAACUAAGUCCAUUUCUUCCUUGCCCUUUCUGAAAAACAAGAGAAACUUCUCUUCUUUCUCUCCCUAAAAAGCUCCUCGCAAAACCCUAGAAAAACCACUACUUUUUGAGCUAAUAUCUUUCUCCUUUGAAAACCCAGAUCUGUAAUCGUCAUAUACAAGCUUAAAAGCUAUGACCCAGUAAGGGAUUUUGUAGCUUUUUUUUUAUAAUGUCGAGUUCUGACCCGAAAACCCGACCGAAACCGGGACCAUGGCCACCAGCUCCCGAUGCAGCUCCCGUUCCGCCUACUUCUUGGGCUAAGCGAACUGGGUUUAGGCCCAAAUUCUCCGGUGAAACGAAUGCGAGUGAGUCGGGUCAAAUAGCUUUGCCUCCAAGGGCUAGAGAGAAUGAGAACCAGCCUGAUCUCGAAGCGGGUCGGGUUCGACCUGCGCCACUGGUGGCGAAUGGAGAGCAGCCGGUGGGUGAGAAGGGUCCGGUGGAGAAAGAUCAGACGGUGAAGAAGAGAAGGGAGGGUGAUGGGGCGAAUAAAGGCGGCUCCGGUGCCGGUGCUAAUGGGCAUACGGGUACGAAUGGGGCCGCGGAAACUGGGGCUGCGUCGCAGCCGCAGCAGCCUACGAGGAGGCCUUUGAGGAAUGAGGAAGUGGCGGAUGUGUUGCCACAGAAUGUAGAUGAUGAAGGAUUUGUAGGAAGGCAUUCACAUAUGAAAUAUGACCUUAGAGAUACUCCUGGUCUUGUUCCCAUUGGUCUUUAUGGGUUCCAGCAUUUUCUUUCAAUGUUGGGUUCAUUGAUUCUUAUUCCACUCGUUAUAGUUCCUCCAAUGGGUGGCACUUAUGAGGAUACUGCAAAUGUGGUGUCAACAGUGCUCUUUGUGUCAGGAGUGACCACUCUAUUGCAUUCAUUCUUCGGGUCACGGUUGCCUCUGAUACAAGGUCCAUCAUUUGUUUUCCUAGCUCCUGCAUUGGCGAUAAUUAACUCUCCGGAGUUUCAAGGGCUAAAGGGAAAUAACUUCAAGCAUAUUAUGAAGGAGUUGCAGGGAGCCAUUGUCAUAGCUUCAGCUUUUCAAACAAUACUUGGAUAUAGUGGACUAAUGUCAUUGUUUUUGAGGUUGAUCAAUCCAGUGGUUGUUGCACCUACCAUUGCUGCUGUUGGACUUUCUUUUUAUAGUUAUGGUUUCCCACUAGUUGGAACAUGUCUUGAGAUUGGUGCUGCGCAGAUAUUGUUGGUUAUUGUUUUUUCUCUUUAUCUUCGUAAGAUAUCUGUUCUCGGCCAUCGCAUAUUUCUAAUCUACGCAGUUCCUUUGGGCCUUGGAAUCACAUGGGCAGCCGCUUUCCUGCUCACUGAAGCAGGAGCUUAUAGCUAUAAAGGUUGUGAUACCAAUGUACCUGCCUCAAAUAUAAUAUCUGAGCACUGCAGAAAACAUGUUUCCAGGAUGAAGCACUGUCGAGUUGAUACAUCUCAUGCAUUGAAAUCUUCCCCAUGGUUUAGGUUUCCUUAUCCAUUACAAUGGGGAACUCCUGUCUUCAACUGGAAAAUGGCCCUUGUUAUGUGUGUGGUUUCAGUAAUAGCGUCAGUGGAUUCGGUUGGUUCAUACCAUGCAUCAUCGUUGCUGGUGGCAUCCAGACCUCCAACUCCCGGUGUUGUUAGCAGAGGAAUCGGUCUUGAAGGUCUGUCCAGUGUAUUAGCUGGUCUCUGGGGUACAGGAACUGGGUCCACAACUCUUACUGAAAAUGUGCAUACAAUUGCUGUGACUAAGAUGGGAAGCCGCAGAGCUGUUGAAUUGGGUGCAUGUGUUUUGAUAGUCUUAUCCCUUGUAGGUAAAGUUGGAGGGUUUAUUGCUUCAAUUCCUGAAGUCAUGGUUGCUGCCCUUCUGUGCUUCAUGUGGGCAAUGCUUGCAGCAUUGGGUUUGUCAAAUCUACGUUAUAGUGAGGCUGGAAGCUCUCGAAAUAUCAUAAUAGUUGGAUUAUCUUUAUUUUUCUCCCUCUCAAUACCAGCUUACUUUCAGCAAUAUGGCAUCUCUCCGAAUUCCAACUUGUCCGUUCCAAGUUAUUAUCAACCAUAUAUCGUGGCAUCUCAUGGACCUUUCGGCAGUAAAUAUGGAGGGUUAAACUACGUAAUGAAUACAUUGCUAUCGUUACACAUGGUAAUAGCAUUCCUUGUGGCUGUUAUUUUGGACAACACUGUACCUGGAAGUCGGCAAGAACGUGGGGUUUACGUGUGGUCUGAAUCUGAGGCUGCAAGAAGGGAACCUGCAGUCGUCAAGGACUAUGAGUUGCCCUUCCGGGUUGGUCGGGUUUUUAGAUGGGUGAAGUGGGUUGGGCUUUGACAAUUUUUUGUAGGUAUGUAAGCCAUCAGCGCAUGGUCUAAGUUCAUCAAUAGCCAUUCUCUGGGGUCACUGCCCUGCGCUACGAUUUUAAUGAAUACCCUGAGGCUCAUAUUGGUAAAUAGCUGUCUGAACUGUUUUUUACCUCACACGAUGGGACUUUUUUGGGGCUAUAGAUGCUAUAGAGAUAAGUUAUUUGUGUACAUUGAGGAUCCAGAAGGAUCCCGUGGUGUUGUAAUUUUAAAUUAUAAGCAUUGUAUCUAGUUUUUGAGUCACUGAAAAUUGUCCAGAGGUGCAUUUCACUCUUGCUUAAGACUUCUAGCUACUACUAUCUUUUUGUAUAUUUUUUCCCAUUAUUAUUUCAUUAACUUCUUUCAGA